UACAUUUUUGUUAACUGCUGACAACCCUUAACAUUAACCGGCUGUGCGAUGACUUGUGAAUGGCUUAAGUUUUACACGUACAACAAAGACGCCGGUUGGUAAAAGAAAAUAAUAUGUCCGCAUCGAUGAGUAGCAAAAGCACCCUGGUGUCCUCCAUCAUCUCAGGCCUCCUGAGCCUGGUCCUCUUCGCCACACUGCGGUUUUGCGCCGACUGGUUCAACGAUUCGCAGAUAAAGGUCUUAUUGGGCGGAUACCUCUUCUCCUGGCUGUUCAUCUUGAGUCUUACGUGCGUCUCCAACACGGAGAUGGUCAUCUUUGGGCAGGACUUCCAGGCCAAGCUGCUGCCGGAGAUCCUCUUCUGCCUCUCACUCACAGUGGCCGCUGCGGGAAUAGUGCAUCGUGUCUGCGCCACUACUAGCGUACUCUUCUCCUUGGUGGGACUCUACUUCCUGAACAGGAUAUCCACUAAGUACUACUCCGUGCAGGUCGCCACCGUGGAUGCUUCUGCGGCGAGGAAGGGCGGCAAGAAGUUCAAAUGAGUUCGCUAAACUUCUGGUUUAGGCUUUAUGUGCUAACUGAAACAUUCGAAUAUCUAUAUAACACUUUAAAAAAUAAUAUUUCUUAAAAUUUA